CUUGAAAAGACCUUACCAGGUCGACUCGAAUUCCGAUGACCCAGGGGAGUGACCGGUUCGAGUCACCAUUCGGUUAAGGUAUGUGGCCUCUAAAGACUUGUCCGACUCACCCGAUUUUUUCGGGGGUCUGAUGAACCGAUGCAUUUUCAUUGCAUGGUUACCACGAGCGUCGAAGCCAAUGCAAAAACAGAAGCAGAAGCGGAUGUGGCACUCGCUAAUGCACAAAACAACAAAGAGAGGUUGAAGCUCAAAGAACUCUUCGAACAAGCCUACGAGAGAUGUCGCACUGCUCCCAUGGAAGAGUUGUAUAGAGUUGACGAUAAACAGUUUUUAUUUUAUUACAGUAAAUGGGGGAUUUACAAUAAGAAAAUAAGGAAGGAAAGGGAAAAGAGAAAGAGAACUAUAAAUCUUGGACCAUGCAUGAUACUAAUAAGUUGUUGCACCUCUUGGUGGAUGCUAUCAACAAUGCAUUGCGAGCAAAAUGUAGAAAGAGCAAUACUUCAUCAUCUUAAUGCAAAGACUAGGUUUCCUAAAACUUAUACUCAUUACUUGAGUCAGCUAAAGUGGUUGAAGAACCAAUAUAACAAAAUGUCGACGAUUAUGCGUAACAACUCUGGCUUUGGGUGGGAUACAAUUACAAAGACGUUCACGACUAGUGAUGAAUCUCAUCUAAUUCACAGUAAGCUUCGUGAAAAAAGUGCAAUUGAUUAUGAAGAAUUGAAGAUUGUCUUUAGUGGUGCAACUGCUACUGGGAAUGGUUCCAUUGCAUUAGGCACUAAUGAUACCGAUGCUACAACUUUUGGAGAAAAAAAAUAG